GAACGAUGUUUGGUCUAUCUUUUGAUAGGUUAGACCUCAUGAUUCAGUCUUUCAUUUCAAAGCUCAAGAUGUUAAUAUAAAAGUGUUCGAAAGUAAUAAAAAAAAGCUCGGUACAUGCCUAGUCUCGAUUUCAAUACAUUGGAUCAGAUUCUACUUCUAUGUCCCAGGAAAUCGCUUUAGGAUGUUUUCGUAUAAUAUCUGAAAACAUGUUUAAUCUUUGGUCUUGCACUUCGAAACAGAUACCACACAAUCUAUACUUAAAUUGUAAUUAUCGGAAUUAAUAACCAUAGAUUAAGGUCAUUGAGCCCACAUAUACACUUACUGACAGAUAUUUAGGCAUAUAUCGAUAAAGCAAAAAAAGAAAUUUCAAUAGUUCUACAAAAGAAUAUUAUAUUGUACAGAAUCACUAAUGAUAAUUUAGUUAUGAGAAUGCUAAAUAGAAUUCAUGCAUUUGUUUAGGUGCUGUCUAUCAAGAUUUAGGUAAUACAUGUUUUACAUUCCUUGUUUCUCAAGCUAAUCAUCAAUUAGAUAAAAAUCUCAAUUCAAAAAUUCUUCUCGAUGCUCUUCAAUCAUCAUUUAAUAUUCAGGGUCAUAUACAUGGUCGAAACGAUCUUGUCUAUGGUCCAGAUAAACGUAAAUUUUCUGGUUCAGCUUAUCAAAAUACUUCUAAAUUUGCUCUUCAUCAUGGUACAUUAUUAACUCAUGUUGACACUAAUGCUAUGCAAAAAUAUUUAAAUCCAAAUAAAGAAAAAUUAAUAUCUAAAGGUGUUGAUUCAGUUCAAGCACGUGUUAUUAAUUUAUGUGAAGUAAAUCGAUCGAUUAAUCAUAAAAAUCUUUGUUUAGCUAUUGAAAAAUCUUAUCGUCAAACAUAUUCAAAAAAUAAAAUUCAACCUGUUGAAAUUUUAUCACGAAAAACACUUGAUUUAAUACCUGAAUUAAAUACAUCCUAUAAAUUGUUUAGUGAUACACAAUGGCGUUAUGGACAAACAUUUUCAUUUACACAUGAAUAUGAAAAACGUUUUCCAUGGGGAACAAUAUCUAUUGGAAUUAUAUCUCAACGAGAUGGACUUAUUCAUGAAUGUGAAAUUUAUUCGGAUUCAUUAUAUGUCAGUAUGAUUAAUUGUUUAAAAGAAAAUUUCGUUGGAAAAAUUUAUACUGGUGAAAGUAUUCGACAGGUUUGUAAACAAACACGAAAACAAGUUGAAACUGAACAAGAAAAAGCAAUGAUCGAUGAUAUACAAUCAUGGAUUUUAACACAAAUUUAA